CGUUAACGAUGGGUUCUGAGUCAGCUCUACUUAUCAGACUUAUUCGCAAUUUGUCGAAAGAGAGUGGCAGCGAACAACAACGGGAUAGAGUCAAGACAGAAUUAACAGAGAACUUUGAUAACGUAGACGACAAAUUGGAGCUGAUUGUAGAAAAUCAUUAUGAGAAGUUGAAAGGGACUAUACACGCGUUUACUAGCAUUGCUGGCCGUGUAACAGAGAGUCAGACGAGAGUGAAGGCCUUGAAGCGAAGUUUAGUUGAUUGUAAGGGUUUGUUGAAAUGUCGACGAGAAGAAUUGAAGAAGCUAUGGAUGGAAGGAGUUGAAUGCAAACAAGUUCUUAAGCUGCUAGAUAGAAUUGAUGAAGCCAAGCAAGCUCCAGCAAAGCUAAAAGAAUUUAUGGCUGCUAAACAGUACCUUGAUGCCACAAAUCUACUCGUCCAUAUGGUUUCAGUGUUGAGAGGAAAGUUGUCUGAAGUUGAUGCUUUACGAGAUCUGAGAAUGGAGUUGGAGUCACAGAAAGCCAAACUGUAUGACAUGCUGCUGGAGGAGCUACAUCGACUGAUCUAUGUGAAAUCAUCACUGCAAGCAAAGAGAAAAAUGAAAGCAUCACAAGAAAAUCUUACAAAUUCUCCUCAAUUUGCGAGAAAAGUAGCAGCUUUAGCAGCACAAAAAGGUCUGUCACAUAGACGAGUUGGAUCAGGUCCACCUCGCUUGGAUGCAUCUGAUCUGCAGUUGAGAGAGAGUGGCCAUCGUGAUGGAGAGGAUACCUACAAUGUGUUGAUGAUUAUCGAAUGCUUUGCAGUGCUGAAGAAAAUGCCAGACGCCGUUCAGGAAGUUGCUGUGAAGAUGCGUAGUGAUAUGAACGGAAUCAUCGACAGGCUGACCGAACAAAUUGCUGACAGUGCUCAACGGGCAGGAGUAUUGAUGGCUCAUCAGCCUCGUAUGUUGUUGGAGCUAUUGCAACUUUGUUUCGACAAAUUCCGGGCCGUCGCAGCCGCCCAUUCUCUCGUACUGUCAUCAUUUCAACAGAUCGGUCAGAAAUAUGGUCAAGUCGACGUCAAACUAUACAAAGAGGCUGAUGUUUGGGCUGCUAUACAGUACAGCAUUCAGCUCAUGCUGUCUGACUAUCUCGAUGUGCAAAAUGCUACUCACAACAUUCACCGACUCACAGCGUUUUCUGAUACUUCCGACUUGUCGAGCUACUUUGCACCAAGAAAAAAGGGAGUCACAACGAAAACUCAAAAGAGAACAUUGUUUCGGUUUGAGUCGUCAUCGUAUGCACUGAGUGUGAGGUCAUACUUGCGGGAGCAGAGAGAACAAAGACAACAAGAAACUGGAUAUGAGGAGGAAGACUUGCCGUCUUUGCCACGAUUUACGUCAACUCCUCUCUUUGUGUGCAAACCGGACAUGAUGAACAUCACUGUCAUAUUCACAACACUUCGGAGCUUUACACAGGAAAUAGAGUCAAUCAUAUUGUCAGGUGUAAGUAUGCAUUGUUCACUAAGAAGUUUCAUUGAGGACUAUGUGCAGCUCAACUUUCUUGAAUUUGUGCGUGAAGAACUAAAUGAGAAACUUGAAGCAGCAAUAAAAGGGCCUGAUGCUCAAAAGACAUUGGCAGAUGCGGCUACGACGAGAGGGACAGGAUCGCAGCGUCCUCUCUUGCAGACUGCUGUUGUGUUGACACAGGGACUUGAUCAUCUUAAGAGUCUUAUGGAGCAUCUACCUCCAUACGCUAGUGACUUUCUGGAGAUGGCACGAGAUAUUCUAAUGACUUACAAAGAUUCUUGCACUCAACUAUUUAAGGCUGUUCUUGGUGCCACAGAAGAUGGCCAGCUUCGUAUUAUCAGUGGCAUGUGGGCUCGUGAUGAAGACAUAAGACGCCUUCUAAUGUCAUUACCUUCAUGGACGAGCUUGAAACAGCAGCAAGAGCAGCAGCAAACACACAGACGGACAAGAAAAGAAAUGCAAGAAAGUCUGGAGACAGCACGUAGUCGACAUAAACAAGAGUGUGACUUGCUGACCAGAAAUUUGGGUGACCAACAGCUGUCAAAAUCUGCUAUUAUUCUUGAUCUUGACGAAUUACGAGUGAUUGCGAAUCUUCAGGAGAGUCUGGACUGGCUAAGUGAACGGCUACAGGCUGUAUUGACGAGCAUAGCUCCUGUUGAUGGUGGAAAAUUGAAGCAUAAUUUUGAUGUGCCUGUAGAUCUGUUGAGGUCUGUUCAGCAGUUGCAUCGUGAUCUUGUUGGCUUGUCUGAAAUGGGGUUGUUGGUGUUGCAUCUUGAGAUUCGAUGCCACUGCUUGUACUUUUUAUUACCAGCAGCAAGACAGUCAAGCUAUGUGUGUGAUGCUGAUUCUAUGGAACCGGAUGAGAACGUUGUGUUUCUCAAUCAAGAUCUUUUGACAACAGAAGACGUGAUGUCACAAGCACUCAGUCUACUGAAAUUCAAGUAUCUGUUUGAAGGGAUUGGUUAUUUGAUAGCGUCUAUUCUCAUUUCCAGUACUGCGUAUCUUCAGAAAAUCAAUGCGAAUGGAAUCAAGAGAAUGUGUCGUAAUAUAUUUGUACUCCAGCAGAAUUUGACUAACAUCACAAUGAGUAGAGAAGUGGAUCUCGAUAGAGCAAGACAAUACUUUGAGUUGCUGUUUCUCAGUGGAGAGGAGCUGUUGACUGUUGUCGUGGAGCAAGGCCCACAGUUUGAGGAAGCAGAGUAUGGACAUGCUUUGAGACUGAUUGCUCGAAGUCAACAAAGAUUCAACGAACAGAAACUUAAGGAAAGACUGAUCAAACUUCGAGAAAUUCUCCACGAGUUGCUAUGAUAUAUGACAAUAUAGAAUGACGUAAGAAUUUAGUGAUUUUUAUGCCUCAAUGACGAUGUGGUGUUGCACGUGUGAUAGUUGGCAGUUUAGGUUGUUAGCAUGAAAGUUGAGAUUUGGUUUAGUGAUGUCUACAGCAAUAGCACAGUGGAAUGUAGUGAGGAAAUUGGUAAGAGUAUGGGUCAGAAUUGUAGCUCAUAAAAGACGUGUAUCUAGGAGGUUGGGUGUAAGUAUGUUUAUCAGUUAUGUUAUGACCAACAG